UGCCCAAAGAGGACCAGAUAAGAAGCAAGGUGUCUUUGGCCACGCCCACAACCUGCGCGCGCAGGGAUCCUCGUAGCUCGCCGCUGCUGCACCGGCGGCCGGCCGUCCCUCCUCCAGCUGACCAGCUUGAUCGCCGACCGGCCGGCGACAUCAAUCGAUCAUCACCACCUACAUACGAUAUAUGGCGCCGGUGGGGCUCCCGCCGGGGUUCCGGUUCCACCCGACCGACGAGGAGCUGGUGAACUACUACCUGAAGCGCAAGAUCCACGGCCUCAAGAUCGAGCUCGACAUCAUCCCCGAGGUCGACCUCUACAAGUGCGAGCCGUGGGAGCUCGCAGACAAGUCGUUCCUGCCGAGCCGUGACCCGGAGUGGUACUUCUUCGGGCCACGGGACCGCAAGUACCCCAAUGGGUUCCGCACCAACCGGGCGACGCGGGCCGGGUACUGGAAGUCGACGGGCAAGGACCGGCGCGUGCUGCACCACGGCGGCCGCCGCCCCAUCGGCAUGAAGAAGACGCUCGUCUACUACCGCGGCCGCGCGCCCCAGGGCGUCCGCACCGACUGGGUCAUGCACGAGUACCGUCUCGACGACAAGGACGCCGAGGACACACUGCCCAUCCAGGACACCUACGCGCUAUGCCGGGUCUUCAAGAAGAACGCGAUGGGCACCGAGGUGGACGACCUGCAACUGCAAGCGCAGUGCAGCAUGGCGCUGGUGGAGGGCGCUUGCCAGCAGCUGCUCGCCAGCGGCAGCCAGGAGUACCAGACCCCGUCGCCGGACGUGCCCGUCGGGUCCACCUCCGUCGGCGCCGACGACGACGCGGACAAGGACGACUCCUGGAUGCAGUUCAUCUCCGACGACGCCUGGUGCUCCAGCACGGCGGAUGGCGCCGAGGAGAGCACCUCCUGCGUCGCCCUGGCCAGCUGAUGAGAGGCUGGCUCUCUGAUCUGUUCAUGGAAAUUCUACUAAUAACUAUUUUUCUUUCCUUUUGUGAUCGAUGCUGCUGGCUAGCUAUCAAUAACUACCGAUCAAGCUACAAGCUGUAAGAUCAUAGCAAUAAGGCAUCCUUUUGGUUUUCAACUUACAUCCUAUUGCUGGGAGUUGAAGGAUCGUUGCCUCAAGGUUGUUGGAGUCCUUCCUUGAGUUGAGUUCAUAAGGAGGGUUAUAUUUUCUAUACUAUACAGGAACAAUCAGCUACUUGAUGUUUUUUUUCUUUUCUUCAUAUUUUUUUCCUUUUUUUGUUCUUCGAAUGCAUUGUGCUUCUUGGGUGAAGUUUUUUCUCUUUUCUGUGAAGCAGAGUGAAUAUAGCUAUGCCAUUGCAUA